AUUCAUUGUCACAUAAGUGUUACUCUAGGUCAGACUACAAAGUGUUGGAAUUGUGAAAAUUAAAAAAAAAAAAAAAAAAAUGGAGCAAGUGCUGUCUAAUAAAAAUGACAAGUCGUCUAACGGAAAUGGCGUCUUAGUGCAAUGUAUACAAGUGACAUAUAAAAAAACACCGGUGUAUUCUCUACGUCAAUAUUUUCGACAAUUUGGCGCCUUCCGAAAUUUCGAAACAGCAUAUGACCUUAACCCACAACAACUUGAACCGAUCAAGAGACUCCUUAUAACAUACGUUGAACAAGAGGCAGCCCGCCGAGUUUUGCUAAACGAAUCUCAUUUUGUGGAAAACGAGAUUGUUAAUGUUAAAAGUACAAAUAGUCGGCAAGAACUCGUUAAGGAAAAUGUGUGUGAAACAGAGCGUGAAAAUUUGGAAAUCGCUCACACUAGGGAAAAAGCCUUCAACAUUUUACAAUUGCCUGAAUUUUGCAUUCAUGCUAUACUCGAGCGGAUGGCACCAGGUGAUCAAAUACGUUUCGUGCAGUCACACAGAAGUUUUCAAACGAUCUUUGAAACGUUUUCUCGACGCAAAUAUAAAAAGUUUAUAUGGAAUAAAACACAAAGUAUGACUAUGGGUGAAAUACGUGAUUUCUUGAGCAUAGCAGGCAAAUAUAUGGUGGAAUUGAAUGGUGAAAUACGUAAUAGAUAUUAUGAUGACGUAAUGAAUCUAUUAAUCGUUUACUGUCCAAAUUUCGAAAAAGUUACGCUCUCAGACAUAUAUAUUAAUCCAGAUAGUUUUCGGAAUUUUUUGAGAGGGUUGCCAAAUUUACGGGAAUUAAAUUUGACGUAUUAUCAAUUAGAUGAGAGGGCAUUUGCAGCACUGAGGGACGCUAAAAAACUGCGUGUGCUGAAAUUGUCCAAUAUGUUCCACAUAAGAGGCAAACAUCUUCAAACACUGACGCAACUGGAGCAUCUCUCUCUGCACCACUGUUGGUUGGUUCGAAGUAAACAUUUAAUUAAACUCUGUGAGGCGUUGGUAAACUUACGCACACUAGACAUACGUGGCAUACACUACGCAUCACCCUGUUUUUUCCAAGUAAUCGACACACAUUGCAAGCGACUCGAGGUGUUGAAGAUGUGCGCACCGGAAUUUAAUUACGAUCGUGUGGCAUUAUUGCCACGCCUCAAACAUCUCGAAAUCAAAUAUCCCACACCCGUUGAUAGGUUGACAAUAAUCUCACAUUUGGCUCAACACAAGGCGGAUCAACUCGAAGUACUGAAAAUAUACACCAGAAAAUGCCUAACCGACAAAGACGUCACAAGUUUAUCAGAAUUACGUGAGUUGAGAGAACUUUCCAUCGCUUUUAAUCGGGAUACCGUGACCAAUGGCGCUUUAGCGAAAUUGUGUAAGUUGAAGCAGCUGGAAGAGUUGACAAUCGCCGCUUGCGACGAGGUGACCGAUGAUGGACUGUUGAAGUUGGUAAAAAAUUGUGAGAAACUGAGCACACUAAAUAUACAAUAUUGUAAUAGAAUUACAAAUGAUUUUGUGACGGACGUCGCUUCAUUGGCACGACAUCGUUAUAGAAAAUUAACAAUUUACACGUUUGGCACGGCGGUGGACAAGAAAAAGUUAAUACAGCUUCCAAAGUAUAAGGAGGCGGCUGAGCGUUUUGGUUUAAAUAUUGAGUUUGAGUUUUCAAAAACAGGAUUAUCGGAUUAUGAAUAUGUUUUUACACUUUUUGAAAAUGAGUUGCUUGAACGUCGACUCAUUGCAAGAGGGUUAUAGAAGCAGAUACGUGUAUAUACAUAUGUUUGUAUGUAAAAACUAAAAAAAAAAAUAUUAAAUUUCUUUUGGGUGGAAUAUAUAAUUAGAAUUGUACAACACUAUUCUUUUAUGUAUACAUAUAUAUUUUUAAUAAAGGGUCAUUCAUUAGCGUCUGACAACUUCAAACUGCCACUUCAAACGCGCCCUUAAUCCGAUUGCCAAAUUUUUAAUGUCACAUUUUAUCAUUGUGAACGAACGUUUAAAAAUAAAUAAAAUUUACUACCGAAAUUCCUUUACUUAAA